AAUAAUUAAAAAAAAUCCCUAAAAUUCAGAUCUUGGAAGUUUGGCAACCCCCACUUUUCUCAUGUUUGUUUAACUUGCCUGCACACUUGGACUGAGUUGGAAUCCAAGUAUCUGCUACAAACCCAUAUCAGUUUUCAGAAUUGAUUCCCUGAGAUGUGUUAAAAGUUCAGAACUUUAGUUGUGAUUCGAGCAGUAGCUUGAUCCGGUCGUGAAUUUUUGCGAAAAGAUUGCGAAUUUCUGUAGUGGGAACAAGAAAUUUGAGAGCUGUGUUGUGAAUUUCUGUAGUUUUAGCAUUUUUGUGUUGUUUGAGCUAGUUGUGGAAGGAGAAGAGAGGUUAAGAUGGGUGAGAAAUUUUGGGUGAAUGACGAAGACAAGGUCGUGAUGGAGUCAGUACUGGGUACCGAAGCGUGCCAGUUCUUGAUCUCACUGGCUUCCGAAAAUGCUUUGUCAGAAUUGAUUAGGCCACCGGGUCAAUUGGGCGUGCAGCAGGGGCUGUGCCAGCUUGUCAAUGGGUCGAAUUGGAAUUAUGCCAUUUUCUGGCAGGCUGUUAGCUCGAAAUCUGGUGGACCUGCCUUGAUUUGGGGUGAUGGGCAUUGCAGAGACACCAAGGGCGGUGGAGCUGGGGACGUGAAUUCUAAUCGGGAUAGUAGUUCGGAGGCAAUGCAGAAAAAAAAAGAGGUGAAGAAGUGGGUGCUUGAGAAGCUCCACGCGUGUUUUGGCGGUUUGAAUGGGGAUAAUUAUGCAAGGAGGUUGGAUGGGGUGUCAGAUAUGGAGAUGUUUCAUCUCAGUUCAAUGUUUUAUGCAUUUCAACUUGAUUCGAUCUCACACUGUGGUCCAGGAGAGUCGUACAAGUCUGGAAAAUUGAUAUGGGUUUCGGAUGCCGGUAGUUGUUUACAUCAUUACCAGUCGAGGUCAUUUUUAGCAAGAUUGGCUGGGUUUCAGACAGUGGUGUUUGUACCAAUGAAAUCAGGAGUUGUGGAACUCGGUUCGGUCAAAUCAACUCCGGAAGAACAAAGUUAUGUGGAUACGGUCAGAAGUGCAUUUGGGGAAUCUAUUCCUAUUCAGGCAAAGGCAUUUCCAAUGAUAUUUGGACGUGAACUAAGUCUCGGGGGUCCAAAAUCACAAUCAGUGAACAUUUCCUUUACUCCAAAAAUAGAAGAAGAUUUUGCAUUUCCUCCAGAAUCGUUUGAAUUACAAUCAGUAGGCACUUCAAAUGGAUGUCGAAGUGAGGAUGGUGAAGUAAAACUGUUUCCGCAAAUGAACCAAAUGAUGGUUGACGGUUUCAAUGUUCAGACAAGAGUCUCAAGUUCAGAGCUGCUCAAGGAUGAGUCCUCUGCACAAAUUGAUGAGCGGAAACCCAGAAAGAGAGGGAGAAAGCCUGCCAAUGGGAGAGAAGAACCAUUGAAUCAUGUGGAAGCAGAACGGCAGAGGCGCGAGAAGCUUAACCAGAGGUUCUAUGCACUAAGAGCUGUUGUUCCUAACAUAUCGAAGAUGGAUAAAGCCUCUCUUCUUGGUGAUGCCAUUACCUAUAUCACCGAUCUCCAGAUGAAGAUCAGACUCAUGGAAACUGAAAAGCAGAUGGUAAACAACAAGGGAAAGCAGUUGCCGGUUCCAGAGAUUGAUUUUCAGGAACGCCUCGAGGAUGCAGUUGUGAGGAUGAACUGCCCAUUGGAUUCUCACCCGGUUUCUGAAGUCUUCAGAACACUUGGGGAACAUAAAAUUGUAGCUCAAGAGUCUAACGUUUCCAUAACAGACAAUGAUAAGGUUAUUCAUACAUUCUCCAUUCAAACUCAAAGCGGUGAUGCCGAACAAUUAAAGGAGAAGCUGGUGGCCUCUCUUUCAAAAUGAUCUGACUGUAAAGUUGUUUCGUAAGUUAUUACCUGUAUCUUUAUGUAUUUGCCUGAUAAACGUGAGUUUUUAUUGUUGUCUAGUAACUGAUGAGUGUCUUCACCUCGUGAUGAUUUGUUAUAUAACUUCAGAUUGAUAUUAUUGUACGAGUUGUUUAGUUUAUGUAUGAAAAAGAGCUCUUUGUAAUUUUGAACAUGUUCGGAAGAACCAAAAUGGAUGCUAUGAAUUUAUCUCUCUA